AUGGGCUCCACAAAACACGUUUCGGCGCAGGAUAAGGGAAAGGGCAAGGCACGAACCACAUUGACCAGUUCUAGCUCCAGCUCCAGCUCCAGCUCCAGCUCGUGCUUCAGCUCCAGUCUCGAGCGAGGGAGCUACGUGUGUGUGCACUGCAACCGUCGUGUCUCGUCCUUGUGUGAGUUUGCAGCUCGUCGGCAGUAGAGGUGCUUCACCACCCCUUGACUCAUUUCAUGAUGUUUAGAUGUCACCUACUCGGACCCAUCCAACACCUCACUACUGCAAUGCGCGUCCUGCGGCCACCUGCUCGACGUCUACAUGACCUUGGCCUUCCCCGUGCUGCUCGUUGACCUGCUCCUCUCCAAGCCACGCGUAUACCACCACUUACUCACCAAUAGAGGAUCGAACGAUCCGAAAGAGAGGGAAUGUGAACGCACCGAAAGCACGUUCAGGAUAGGGGCCAUCGUCGUCGGAUUGGAUGCGCGUCAGUUGCAGUCGUCCACCGGAAGCGAUGAGGGUAGGUACCGGAGCUGAACCCUCGCACGGCCCUUGCAGUCAUUCGUUGCACCAACGUCGGACCUCCGGAAUCUCUGCAUCCUGUAUCGCUCUAUCUUCGCGUACUGAGCUACUGUCUAUUCGGUUAGUCCUGAAUCAUUUUUGACGAGCAGCGAGCAGCGAGCAGCAGAUUUUUUCAUAUCUCGGCGCCGAUUGCUGAACCUCCUUUGGUGGUCGGGUCUCAUCAGAAACUUUCUCCCUCCACGCGUGUAUUGCCCUCUCUGCGGCAUUCUUCCAGACGUUCUUCCGGACAUCGAAAAGCGCAUCUCUGUGAGUGUAUCAACGAGGCUUCUUCGUGGCCUGCGAUCUGACCCACCCCCGGUUGUUCCCUCAUCUUCACAGCUCACGACUUCGGCUCCUCCCCCUAACGCUCUUCUACACCUCCUUACCCACCCUCUUUCUCCUGUUCAUCGUCUCCCUCAUAUGGCGCGAAGAAUACUCCGUACCCUCCUCACCCCUAUCCCCCGCCGCGCACCUCGACUUACCCACCCUCCUCGCCCCCAUCUUCAUGCCUUUGGUCGGCGGUCUCCCCAGUGCCGAUGAUGGAUUCGUCAAACGCGUCAGUUGGCUUAGUAGGGAGAACCUCAAGAGUGGGGUGUCGACGUUUGGGAAUGUGCGCGGGUGGGCGAAUGAGGCGCUUUUGAGAAAAGGGGUAGGGGGGAGUAGUGCGGUCGUUGGAGUUGCUGGUCAGUUUGGGCCAGUUCGACCCUCAAUCGGCGAUGCUUUCUGUGCUGACUAAUGAGAGUUCGGUUUUCAGUCCUCCUCAACGCAAGCCAAAGCAGGACGGUCCUCAUUCUCGUCGUCGCUUGGCUCUUGCAUCUCUUUACCCUCCACCUCGUGGAUCCUUAUGUCAACUGA